AAUAACUCUCACUUCAUACUACUUGUUUGGCCAGCGAAAUCCAGGCUUGCCGUAGUUAUGUACAUUUCAGUUAACCUUCGAAUAGUUUGUAGCAUUUAAUGUUGCUGCUUCAUAGAUUCAUAUCUUAAUCGCCUUCCGACACCCCAGUCUCUCGACAUUGCCCGUGACAUGGGGGUGAAAUUAGGCUUAGGCGUUUGUUCGUAUCAGGGAAUCGGUGGAUAGCAAAAUAAGGGUGAUUGACAGCAUAUAUUAUACAGAUGAAGAUGUAUUCAGUACAGUAGUUAUAGCUCGUGACACGCAUAUAGGCUCACAUCUGCUCUGGAUCUGGGGUAUCACUGAUGUAGGAAUUGAGCCUGGCAUCCGUAGCUGUUUUGUGCAUGAUAUUCCAUCAUGUGACCACUUCUUCUUGUAAAGUGUUUCUCACGGACUGAAUAAGCUGUGCCAAGCCAAAAUGGGAAUACCAGUAUCUCUGGCAUGGGAUCCUAAAGAUAUCCCCGUCAGGACAGUUAAUUCCAGGAAUAAAGUCAAGUUGUUUCCACGUAAAAGGCAGGGCAUACCAGGAGAAGUGGUCCUGGAAUUUUCUGCUUAUCCUAAAGAAUUGGGUGAGCCGUGUGAUGAGGUGAGUCCGUACUGGUGGGUGGACUGUCAGUUUGUGCCUUAUGACAGCAGUCAGCUUGUGGUAAGCGCAGGGGCGUACAGCCUUAGGACAGGUCUCACCUGGGUCCAGUGUAAAGGGGUCAGGGCAGGGCUUAUCACACACUGGCAGAUCAGCCAAGAUGAACUCUGCUGUGGCGUGCUGAAGGGGACCACAACAACAUCUCGUCCGAAAAUACAGUUACAUCCUGAUGGGAAAUACCUUGGCUUUGUGGGCAGAGGCUGCGUCAGAGUCGUAGACACAUAUAACAAUGACCGUUACAUAAAAGACGAUGCUAUCAGGCCUGUCAGUUACAAAUACUGCACCUUCUCACCCGAUGGUGUGUACUUAGCUGUAUUGUAUCGCAUACAGUGUCACUUUGAGCUGGAAAUUAGCAGACUUGAUAUACGACUACUGAGGGUGAACACCACAGUUUGUCACAAUGUGUGUCCCUCGUUCACAGGUACGCGGUCCUACACAGAGCAGGUGGAGUGUCACUUUUCCCCAGACAGCUCCCUGAUUGCCCUAUCACACUCUGAAGGUAUUCUGUUCACCGUGAACAAACGGGAUCUAUCGCUGCACAGUCAGCUGUUCCCAGGUGUCGACUCAGGUGUCAGUCUUUCAAAUGAAAGGAGCUACGACUUUGACCCAACAUCUGGACACAGUUUUAUAGCAGCAGGAGGGAACAACGGUCAUAUAUUCCUGAUAGACAUCGACACCUGCAAGGUACUGCAUGAGGAAGACCUUCACAUUGAUGCAGAGACUGUCGAUUGUGUCAAGUACAGUCCAAAUGGAGACUGCCUUGCCAUUGCAAUCUCAGACUUUACCAUUCGUUUAUUUUGCCCUUACAGCCGACAAGUUACCAUGACACUUGGAGGAGAGACUAAGUGUCCCGGAAUUCAGGUACAAGCCUGCAGUGGACGCCUACCUGUUGUGAUAAGGAUGAGUUUUGACAGGUCAGGUGAACAUCUGGCUAUAAGCAGCACGGAUGGGCAAGUUAGAAUUUGGCAGCUGCCCAUUAAAAUGGACCUGCGUUAUCUUUGUAAACUAAAGAUCCAGCAGUGCUGCAUUGUAACAAACAUUAAGAUGCUACCUCUACCCAACAGUGUAAUCAACUACCUUCUGUCCCCCACAUAGAUCAAGUAUACCCAAAUUGCAAGUUCAAAUCCAGAUCUUACAGCACCAGAUCCUAAUGUCUUUGUGUCAAGCUUGUCAGGUAUCUAGAAUGUGGCAGUGGUUUUAAUUAGGCUGCGCUUGACUGUGAUACAAAAUUUUUUUUGAGAAGGUAGAAUGUAGAGAA